GGUGGGGACCCUGCCCGUUGGAGGGCUAUGGGGAAGCUGCAGAGUAAACUCAGCUCCCACACCAUCACAUACAGGGCCGAGGGCUCCGUGGGACAGGCGGGAUCCGUCGGCGCCUCUCGGCAGCACAGCCCCGCUCACACCGACGCCGUCUCCUCUGUGGCUGCCCUCAAACCAGACCUGUGUGUGUCAGGGGGCAGGGAUAAGAGUGUGGCUGUGUGCAGCUGGAGAUCCGGGGCCGCCCUGCGCCGCUUCGUCGGGCACGAGCGCGAGGUCACCAAGGUCACCUCUGCCCUGGACUCCAGCAGAGUCUUCAGCGCGUCCCGGGACAAGACAGUGAUGAUGUGGGAGCUUCACGGGGCGUCAGGGCCCAGCCAGCACUUCCCAGGACAUGAGCUGGUUGUGACUGGGCUGGCUGUGAGCCCAGAUGCCUCCCAGCUGUGCACGGGCUCUCGAGACAACAGCGUGUGCAAGUGGGACACAGAGACUGGGGAGUGUCUGGGCAGGGCCACCAUCUCCAGGAAUCUGGUCACACACCUGUGCUGGGUUCCUGGGGAGCCUUAUGUCAUCCAGACCUCGGAGGAUAAAACAACCAGGAUCUGGGACAGCCGGGAGCUGCAGGUGGCACACACGUUCCCAGCCAAGCAGCACAUCCAGACGUGCUGUGACGUGAGCCAGGACGGGCGGUACUGCCUGAGCAGCAGCCAGGGGGGAGAGGCCACCCUGUGGGACCUGCGGCAGACCCGGGGCCGGGUGUGCGAGUACAGGGGGCAUUUCCAGACCACCACCUCGUGUGUUUUCCUGCCCCGGGGCCCAGCCCUCGCCCCCAGCGUGGCCACAUCCUCCAGCGACAGCACAGUGAAGGUCUGGCACCGGGACACGGCAGGUAGGGGGGGCUCCUGCUGGGAGAACAAAACUUGUGUUUGUGCUUCCUUGUGCCUGUCUCCUGGUGGCGAUGGGCGGGAGGAAGCCUGA